AGCUGUCUUUUGUGUCUCUCAUUCCCCAGUUCACCUCACCGAACGGGGUCCUCCUAACUUCUUCAUUGUUUGGUGAGUCGUUUGCUUUUCCUGUCGCCCCCGCCUUCUAUGUAUUUUGUUCAGACCCUGAAAGUACCCCCGCCCUCCUUCCCAGCUCUGUGCCGAGGCUAAACGCUUCCUAGCAGAGAUCAGAAGGCUCAGUAGCUUUGAGUUCGGGAUCCCGAGGGUGCAAGGAACGCCUCUCCAGCUGGCGGGCAGCUCCCAAACGCGGGCAGCCCGCGCGUCCCCAACCUGCGCUGUGCGGGGCUGGGGUUCUAAACCCGGUCCCUUUCCAUCCGGGCGGGCGCGCCCCUGGGACCCGCAGAGUCCGAGCAAGUGUGAUGCGUCUGGUCUAGCCGGCAGCCCACGGGCGCUGGCACUUGCACUGUGCAACGCCACUCCUGGAUCCGCCCCGCGGACGGUAUGGGGCGGAGGCGGUCGCUCCUCUUCACUUGGGCUCCCGGACCCGGUCAGAGCUGGUAAGGCGCUGGAACCUCGAGGGCGACCGGAUGCAGCAGCUGAACUGCCACUGCGCGCGCGGCGAGAGCCCCGGGGCGAGACUGCCCUUGGCGCGUGCUGGGGGCCGGAAGGGGACUCUGGAUUUCGGUCCCUCCCCUUUUCCCUCUGGGUCUUGCACUCGGGUUCUCGACCCUCCUCCCAGGUACAGGCCGGGAGAGGAGGGCGCAUCUCUGCUUCACGCAUCCCAUCAUGGGCAAUGCCUCCAAUAACUCGGGGUCCGAGGACUGCGAGACUCGACAGUGGCUCCCCGCAGGCGAAAGUCCAGCCAUCAGCUCUGUGAUGUUCUCCGCUGGGGUGCUGGGGAACCUCAUCGCGUUGGCGCUGCUGGCGCGCCGCUGGCGAGGGGACGCGGGGCGCAGCGCCGGCGGCAGAAACUCCAUCUCCUUGUUCCACGUGUUGGUGACAGAGCUGGUGUUCACUGACCUGCUCGGUACCUGCCUUAUCAGCCCAGUAGUGCUGGCUUCAUACGCACGGAACCAGACCCUGGUGGCCCUAGCGCCCGAAAGCCGUGCUUGCACCUACUUCGCCUUCUCUAUGACCUUCUUCAGCCUGGCCACGAUGCUCAUGCUCUUUGCUAUGGCCCUGGAGCGCUACCUAUCCAUCGGGCACCCCUACUUCUACCGGCGCCGCUUCUCGCGCCGCGGGGGCCUGGUGGUGCUGCCAGUCAUCUACACUGUCUCCCUGCUCUUGUGCUCCCUGCCGCUGCUGGACUACGGGCAGUACGUCCAGUACUGCCCCGGGACAUGGUGCUUCAUCCGACACGGACGAACAGCUUACCUGCAGCUUUAUGCCACCGUGCUGCUGCUGCUCAUUGUGGCGGUGCUCGCCUGCAACUUCAGUGUCAUCCUCAACCUGGUCCGAAUGCACCGCCGAAGCAGGAGGAGCCGCUGCGGACCUUCCUCUUGCAGUGGCCGAGGUCCCGGGGCCCGCAAAAGAGGGGAUAGGCUGUCCAUGGCGGAGGAGGCGGACCACCUCAUCCUCCUGGCUAUUAUGACCAUCACCUUCGCCGUCUGCUCCUUACCUUUCACAAUUUUUGCAUAUAUGAAUGAAAGUUCUUCCAGAAAGAAAAAGUGGGACCUGCAAGCUCUCAGAUUUUUAUCAAUUAAUUCAAUAAUUGACCCUUGGGUCUUCGCCAUCCUUAGGCCUCCUGUUCUAAGACUAAUGCGUUCAGUCCUCUGUUGUCGGAUUUCAUUAAGAACACAAGAUGCAACACAAACUUCCUGUUCUACACAGUCAAAUGCCAGUAAACAGGCUGAACUUUGUGGACAGUAGUGAAGAUGUGCUUCAUUAUUUAGCAUCUGGAAGAUCCUUUGAAAUGGUUCCUUGGGGAAAUGUAAAAAGUCAUUGUAUAAACAAAAUGAAACUACCCUAAUAACAGAGUAAACAAACAUUUAAGCAGCCGUUUGAGCUACAGAGUGCUGACAAGGCACUUCAUGGAAGGUGUCAGAAGGUUCCAUAAAACCUACCCUCCAUGAGCAUGUUGCAUGGCCUUUGAAGGGACAACCAGCUGCACUUAAGAUCCAGUUGACUUUUGAUUUAAGCUUUCCUGUCGAAUGACAAAGCAUGUGGUUUUGUAAUUUGUUUAAAACCCUACACAGUCACAGUCUAUUUCAAUCUCCUAUGCGACGACUGUUAUAAACACAUAGCAUACAGUCAGACCAAAUGAAACUUCACAUGUAUUCUCCAGGAAGUCAAUAUGUGGAAGCAACCAAAACAGACAAGCUGCUGGCAGGUGAUUGCUUAACAAACUUUGUAUUUGAACAAUGAAGUUGAAAGCCAUUGGUACUUUUGCCAUACUGUGCUUGUGGGUGAGGGAGUAUUCUCUGGUCACUACAAUAUUACUCUUACAGGGGUGGACUUGGUUAAUGUCUGUUUGAUUCACCUGAGCUUUAGGAGCUAUGUGUUCAAUUGUCAGGGUAUUUAUUUCACAAUAUUGAUUGUGCUAAUGUUAAUUAAAAAUGACUUUUAAGAAUUUUCUUCUCAACAAGAAAGAAUAAAAACGUUAAGACAGUUAAUUCUGAUUAACGCUCUUCAUUCUGUUUCCAGGGGAGAACGUGUGUGGCUAUAGUUGAAGCCAAAUGUUAGGAUUAAAAAUUGAAAAAUCUAGUACGUUUUUCAGAUAUACUGGAAUUCUUUUGAUGUUGAGAUUAAGGCCAUGACUAACAUACUUUAUAAUAUGUCUGUUUUAGCAAAAUUCAUCUGUCUGCAUUUUUAUUUAGGGAACAUAGUUUGACUCACACUACAUAAGAAAUCAUGAAACAGUGAGUCACAUCUUAAUAUAUUUCUAAAUGUUUGGCCUGGUGUAAACUCGACAUCAAAAUAGUUCAGUGAAUUUACAUGGUUUAAUCAUAGUUACUGUGUAAACUCAUCUGAAAUGUUACCAAAAUAAACUAUAAAACAAAAAUUUGAAAAUGAAAUAGUAUCUGAUGAACUUCCCCAACUAACAUUUUAUAAUUAAUGUACAUACAGUAUCUUAAGUGAGAUAAAAGUGGGGAAAAAUUUAAUUUAGCACAUUUUGAAAGUGUGAUUCAUUGUAAAUUGGAGUUCAAGAUAUGUGGUAGAAUACUUGGUAUUCAAAGAUAGUUUCUCCUCUAGUUUUCAGUCUCCCAGCAUGAUCUUCAAAAUAGCAGAAGCACCUUAUUUUUUGCAGUAUGUUAUUAUAGGAUGACUAUAAUAAUGAAAAAAAAAUGGAGGAUGUUAGUUUUUUCCAAAAUCUCUUGAGUUGUUUACCCAAAACUAUUUCCUGUAAGUAGGUAGCUAUCAACCUAGACGAUAACUUAGAGUAACUCCAAACCAACCUAAGCAUCAGUGUAUUUUGACACAAUCUAGGUCCAAUCAAUUCUUAUUUUUAAAAAACAAAUAAAUGAUUUUCAUAAAUUAAGCAAACUAGGCAAAAAUUAACUAAAAUCUAGAUAGGUAAAUAAAUCUCCUUGUCCACAGUACAUUCUAACAUUAAGAAAUUGUUCUAAAUGGGACAAAUUAGGCCCAUGGGUAAUUUCUCAACAUAAAAUUCAGAAGUCACUUUGAAUCUGGAGGAUUAAUUCCUUUUGUCAGAUGACAUUUUUAAAUUUCAGAAUGAAAAUGUUAACUACAUUCCUUCACCUCCCCUCAACGUCCCCCAAUGUUCCAAAAUAAUGAAUGAGAAAUUUUCUUUUUUAAUUAUGCAUACUAUUACUGGUAGGAACAAAAUGAUUCACUCUGGGAGCCCAAAAUAUAAACAUUUAAACCAUUUAUUUAAGAACUAGUAGAUUUCUAGAACUUAGUUUCUUCAUGUACUUUUUGCACUGCAAUGAAUCACUAGACUGUUAUUUCAUUUGCACAUACAUAUACAAAGAAGAAACUGAAAGUAAAAAUCCUAUGUAAUAAUCAAUUGCCUAGUAUUAAUGGCACUUUAAAGGUAACUUAGAAAAAAAUUAUGAGAAGUGUAAAAUUUUCCUUUCUAGAAAUUCUAUCACAUCAGACAUACCUGUUGAAGUUAUUGGUGCAUUUCAAGUUAAAUCAGAGAAUAUUUACCCUGAUAUAUUAGAGAAUUGAAUUGUGAUUUUAAAAAGGCCUAUAUUUUAUUCUUUGCCUCCAAUCGUCAAUGGAAUGAAAAAGGAAAGAAAAAACUGUAGUGAAUAUUUACCUGAGAAUGAAUGCCAGGUUUUAGAAUGGGAUGAACCCAAGUUCUCUCUUCUGAGCUGAGUUAUUCCUAGUUGGUUCAGUAUGACCCUGAUAAUCUUUUCCAGGAAAGAAUUUGGAAAUUCUGAUGCUAAGUUGUGAUCUUGUAUCUCCAAAGAUCUUAGAGGGAACCAAGUUUGCUCAGAAGUUGUAGAAAGCUUCCAGAAUUGAAUGUCACGGUGUUUUGGACCCAUGACAAACUAGAGCCACAAGAAAGUUCCAGAAACAAUGCUAUCCCUAAACCAUGAUGCUGGCAGAGGCUACAAGCCCUGAGUAGGGAGGGCAAAUCCCACCCACAUCACUGCAUUCUCGCAUAACACAUUUAAACUUUUGGCAAUCCUAUCUCCAGUGUCCUAAUACUAAUGUCAAGUUAGCUGUGAUUUAAACUAAGAAAAACAACACAUUCCAGCUUAGAAUUUGAUGGCUUUGAAAGGCAGAGGAAGACAAUUAGGCAAAGAUUUGUUUAUUUCACUUAGCUUGAGCCCAAUCUAAUGGUUUUCUGAACUUGGGAAGGGCCCCACUUGAGCCAUUCACAGAGAGAGAAGCAUUCCUCUCUCAAAUGAGCAUUUCCAGUCUGUAAGUUUUCAUUCAAGGCCUGUUCUCUCAGGCAGGGGUGCAAUGAGGUAUGUGAUAACUACCUCUGCCUUCAUCUCCCUCUGCUAUUUCCUCUCUGAGUUCACUUGCAACAUACCUCCAAUCACCUCACAUACUGGGCAUUACUGUUUUCAUAAAGUUGCUUUUUUU